AUGUCUGAUAAGGAUCUGAACAGGGGAAUUCUUGACCUCCCUUUGGAGGUCCAAUCCAGUAUAUUGAAACAUACGUCGACCGCCGAUCUGAUUGCGCUCUCUCUCGUUUCGAAGCAUCUCAGAAAUCUAGCAGCCAAGGAACUAUAUCGAAGCUUCCAUAUUGUCUUUCCAGAUGACAAUGACACACUUAAUGAUUCCCCUAUCGAUAGUUUGGCGUCGGGGCUGGAUAGUUUCGUUACAAGUGAUUACGAUUACUCCCAACACCUACAGGAAAUUAUACUUGAGCCUUUGAAUGGAAGUCAAAAAGGAGAGCUAGCUUACCGUUCUUAUUUACAUGAUACUUCUUGCGGGAAAUUCAUGAAUACUCUGUUGCUUUUGACUCUGCGCAAAGCUAAAGCUCUCGAGAGCUUUCGAUUGUCAUUCUCCGAGCUACUUGCUUCCAGAACCAGAAAGCCAGCUGUGGAAAUUCCAGUCGAAGAUGACGAAUCUGAACCGGAAGAUGAAUUUGGCCAAUUGACUGCACUUCCUGUCACCGCUCCAGAUAAUGUAUCUAAUGCGUUUUUUUUAAAAGGAAUGACGGUUACAGAGGAAAGGAAGGCACAAGAAGCAGCUUUGGCAAAGAUCUUCAGCACUGAAUCGUCCACUUCGAAAGGCGGUGCGGAUUCACCUAGUCAAAAUGCAGAUGAGCCAGAAGGUGGACCCGAAGAAAAGUCAGAAAUGUCCAGUCCCUUGAAGAUGUUUGUAGCGUUGAUGCAACAAUCGGCGAAGGCUAUGGCUGAGCAUAAAUUUGAGGACAUGCAAAAACUCGUCCAGGAAACCAUCGAGAAGGGUUCUCAGGUUUACCUCAAGAGCCUGAAAAGGGAAAGUGAAUCUUCUGACAAGUCAGGCACCACCAGUAAUACGGAAGGUAAUAAUGGCGAAAGUAGCAAGGCGGGAUCUGGUCAUACAGAGGACAAUAGUGCGGAAGAGGUCAAUGGAGAGAAUUCCGAAUCACUAGUUACGGCCGACCCGUUAGAGGAAACUGUCACGGACGAGGGCGAAUCUCAAGAUCAACCCGGUCUUUUUGACGAAUCGGCAACAGAGACAAGAGUUUCGAAAUCCAAGGACAUCGUAGAUCCAGAUGACAUCGAUAUUGAAGAACCGGAGCUUGUGGUAGAUCUGGAAUUUGUUGAGGGGAUCAUUGCUGAAACCGAGACGGAUAUCGAGCCUGUUUCCAUGGAAGUGCAAGAACACCAAGCCUCAGAAGUUGUUGAUGAGCUAAUUAAUUCAGAAACUCUUCCUGCUCGAGGAGUCUCUGAUCAGAAGUUUGAACAAACUCCAGAGCACAUUAAGACAAACGAGAAGGGAAAGUCAACAGAAAUUGAUGCCCCUGUUGUCAAUACCAACAAGGGCAUGAGCGAGUACAUUCGGAAAACGCGAGGUCUUGCCCUUGAGAACUUAUCACUCUACCUAAUACCUCUAAAAAGUUCCGUUAUAUCAAAGGCUAUUGACAUUAGAGUAUUGAGAAGAAUUACUUUACUCAAUGUUGGCUUUCAAACUUCAUUUUGGUCUAUGGUAGCACGCGAAAAUAGGAUCUAUCCUCUCCCGCUACAUGAAAUCUACACAGAUAACGUCACCAUAACUUUCCUGGACUGCAUCGGAAAACUCGCCAAAAUAACGGAGUUAUGCCUGCUUGAACGAGCAUCCAGAACAAAGGUAGACCCCGCAGAUUCAAAGAAAAGAAUCUCCAUAGGGCAAAUCCGAAGAUUGGCUCUCAAAAAACAUGCCCCAACAUUAAAAGUCCUUUCUAUACAUCAGGAGAGCAUUCCUCACCAAUUAACACCCUUUGCAUGGGACUUAGAUGCCAAAACCGCUUUGCUGUUGUGUCGGAAAGCUAAAGGAUUGGAGGAGUUGGCUGCUGCUUUUGAUGUUUCAGUUAUGCACAUCCUUAAUCAAAAUCUCUCGGGUCUCAAAAACCUCCGGGCUCUCCACGCAAUCGAAUUCCGCUCUGAUGAUACCUGCCAAUUGGUGAGGAGCGAAUUCCGAAAAUUCACAGUAGACAGCAUUGCUCAUAAUCCUGACUGUGAACUCGAAUAUCUUGCUCUUAAAAAUUCGAUAACCCGUAUUUAUCGUCGUAUUAAAGAAAAUCCACCGAAAGCAAGACUACCCAAGGUUCACUUGGGAAAGAACACCGAACCUGCAAUUGAUAGCGACAGUGAGGAUGAAGUUGUGCUUGGUGAGAGUGGAUUCGGGUUGAAAGUUGGGAGUUGUGAUGGGUUUGAGUUUCAGGAUGUGCGGGAUGUGAGGAUUUUUGAGAAGGAUGUUGUUUGGAGGAGGCUUUAA